AUGAGCGAGCAAGAAAAGGUGGACAGCAAUAUAGCACACGAGCAUGAUAUAGGCUCCGAACACGAUGUGCAUGCGGACAGUGUGCCGCGCGUACACCCCAAAAAGUUUUCUUCGCUCAACAUCAACCAGCGCUUUUUGCAGAGCGCAAACGCAGGGAAUGCGUCUCAUAGCACCGCGAAGCAAGCGCCGCCUCCUUCUGCACCUGUGCAGCCUACGCGGCUAAACACUGCAUCGCGUCCGUUAUGGUCUGGCGCCGGGACGGAGUCGGUGCAGGAGUUGCGCGAACAGACAACGUCGCCUGCAUGGGGCAGCUCGAGACUUGUCACGGCAAUCCUCCGCGGGCCCAACGCGCCUGCACAGACAGAUGCGCGCACUAAAGCACAUACACGCACAGAGUCACACGAUGGGACCACUAAGGCCCCAUGGAGUGCUGUGUGUCCUUCCGCGCACAGACCGCGCGGCCUCAGCUCGCGCGAUUUUCCCACCGCCGCUGAAGUCGUUGAAGCCGACCGCAAAGCAGGCGAACGUGCGGCAGAGGAGCUUUCCAAGGAAAAGGAGCGCGCCGCGGAGGAGCACACGCGCCACGAGGUAAUGGAAAAAGAGCUCGAGAGGUUCCGCGGGGCCAACUUGCAUACCUCUAGCCACUGGGACGAGCUCGAGGAGGACUUUGAGUCGUCCAUGGACGAUGUCGUGGAGUUUGGCGAUGGGACGCAGUACAAAUUGUCUACAGAGCCUGCAGAGUCGAAACCGGCGGCGGAGCCUCCAGCGUCGAAACCGAUCGCGAAACCUGGCAACGCAUGGGCCGCUCGCGCCGCAGAGGCACCGGCGCGGUAUACGCCAGGUGCUUUGCAUGCACGCGCACAUGCUCUACCACCACAAGCAGCGCCACUGCCAACGCCAGCGCCAGCACCCACCGCGUGGGGACCGAUCGCACAGCGCCACUCUACGCUCAGCGGCAAGCCACCGCUUAAACCUGCUGCAGCACCAGCCGCAGCACCAGCCGCAGCCGCAGUGCCAGCGCCAGCACCCGCUCCUUCUCCUCCUCUGCCGAUAUCCGCCGAGCAGCAACACACCGAGAUGCUUACCGCCGCCGAGCGUGCACGUCGGCGCCGAGAAGAAGAUGAGCGCGCGCGCGAGGCAGAACGCGAGCGUGCGCGACAGCGUGCCCUAGAAAUAGAGACGCGCAUGAAAGAGCAGCAGGCGCGCGAGCAGGAAGCGCGCAUGCAAGCAGAGAAGCUUGCGCAAGAAGCACGGCGACGCGAGCGCGAAGCAAAAGAGCAAGAAGCACUUGAGCGCCGCAGGAAGAACGAGGCCGAGCGCGAGCAGCUCCACAAAGAAGCGCGUGCGCGCCUCGCCAAGGAGGACGCGGCAAAAGCACGCGCGCAGCGCCGUGCAGACGAGGCCGAGGCAAAAGAGGCGAAGCGGCGCGCGGCGAAAGAGCGCAAAGCAACGCAAGAGCCGAGUACUUCGCGCGGCGAGCUCGAGCCUGAAGAAAAUUCGCCUGUGUGGCGGCAGUACGCCGUACGGAUCGUGCACCAGACACGCACACCGCAGAAUGCGUCGUACGCUGCGCUCCAUAAUAUUGCGCCGCGCAGUGCGUCGGUGUUUGCACGCGACGAAAUCGUCGUGCCAAAAGAGGCAGUGCGUGUAUGCCUUGGAAACGCGCCGCUUGUGCUGCGCAAGCGCCCAAUCUCACACGCGGCGCCGCUGCAAGAGGCGCACUGGCUACAGGUGCUUGUGGGAAGCGCAGAUCGAGAUCCCACGCGCGACUUGUUUGCGCAGCAGGACGUGCGUGUUCAUCUUCCACGCGCCAAGCCCAUCCGUGUUCAUCUCGCCCCGUCUUCGUGGCGAAAGCCGGCGCCAAAGAUGGACGCAUUUACACAGGGUCUCUUUGCACGUCCCCAUACACAAGCGCCACGCGCGGUGCUUCCCAGCCAGACAUGGGCCGUGCCGCUUGCGAUUCCCGCUUUGGAGCACGCCCCGCUUGUCGAUCCUUCUCUCCAGCGCGUAUGGUCUGCACCCACCGCUGCGUCGCCCGCAAAAAACUCGCUCAGGGAUAUUGCAGACGAACCGCUGCUCUUGCCGGAUUUCGUCGGAGGCGAAGGAGAAGAUCGUGCACGGCUCGACGCCUUUGCGUCGCCGUUCAAGCCGGGCGCUGCGUCUCCCACUGGGUCGCUGAGCGCGCUUAGCGAAAAAGAAGCGCAUGCUUCGCUCUACACGAUCCCGCCGGACUACUCCGAGUUUAUCCUGUCGGAUGCUUGGUGA